AGAGGUUUAAGGACAAGCGGGCAGCUACGCCGCCGAGCUGGACGCGGGGGGCUGUGAAUUCCCGACGCCUGCCCCGGCUGCGCUGCGGAGCGGCGUUGGCUCUUCCCAGCCACAGGAGACCGGGCUCUGACCGAGUCUGGGUCGGGGGCAAGGAGGCCUUACUCCUUACGGGGAAUUCCUGCCAGUAAAACUGUGCCUAAUCUUACUUUCAGAAAGAAAAACUUUUCUAGUCCAGUUGAAAAGUUGUCGAAGUAGGAGUAAGUUACACAGCUGUUGGCUUUAACCGCGUGUUGGGUCAGUGUAAAGGGUCUAGAGCCCAGAGGCUGUAAAUGUGCCCAAGGUUUGCAGCAAGCAAAACCGCAAAAAAGAUGGUAGAAGAUGAAUUUUAAUGUCUUUGUUUUAUUAGAGAGACAACUUGAGGAAAUUCAAAUGAGGCACGCCACUGGCUCCCCCUGUGCUAUCACAUCUUGUAAAUACUUAAAAUGACUGCUGCACAUGAAGCUUUCUUUAAUUGCACAUUGUUCCCGUGGUUAGCAUCUGUAGUUAAAAUGCCCUGAAUGCUUUCAUUCUUCCACUAUUGGGGUAUAUCUGGAUCGAAGUUACACACUUUGACAACAUUUGUAUUGUUAAUUGGGCAGUCUUCCCCACUUGAAGUGGGUUAACUUUUUUUUUCCUCCUCCUCUUCACUAUGAAAACAAUCUUUACUAUUAAAUGCAUUUUUAAGUAUUUAGUAGGGGAAAGGGAAUAAAGAUGAGACAUACCUAUAUGACUUCACUGGUAAGGAGCUGCAUCCUCCUAAUUACUGUAAGAUGAGUUUGCCACCCGACAUGGUGUACUGCUUAACAACAACAAAAAAAUCUCUAAGUAAAUAAGACAAUACUUUCUGCACAUCUGCAUAUUAACUAUUGAUGUUAUCAAUUGGUUUUAUAAAUAAAACUUGGUUUAAUGACAUACUUGAUGCUAUAGCUAAGUGCAUUUUGCAAUGCAUUUUGUGAAUUAUUAGUAUUAUUGAAAUCACAGUUCAGUUUUGCUUUUGAAGUGUAACUGGCUGGUUAAAUAGAUUCGUGGUAGAAAAGCUACCUGCUUAAGUAAAACCAUGAGGCAUGAAAAGCUAUUUUAUUAGCUUUUGCAAGAGGCUUAUUCAAAUAUUUCAUCUCAUUGAUUGUCUUUUAAAGUUGGCUAGUCAAGAUGAAACUGAGCAAAGGCUAUAUGAUAGAAGUUGAAAUUUUAAAUACACUCAUGAGGCAUUUAGAAAAUGAGUAGAACUGACUGGCAUUGCUGUUAGCAAUGACAAGUGGAGAGAAUACAUGUUUGAGUCAUAUUAUUUUUAAUAGCAAAAUUUGUCACCCAGGUAUAAAUCAUCCGCCAAAAAGAUAGUAAUGUGCUGAUAUCAGCAGGCAAAUAUGCGAAAAAAAUGCUUCUGUAUAUUAAAUAGUUGUGUAACUAUGGACCAGACUCUAAUCAAAAGAUGCUAUUAAAAAAAAAUCAUUUUCCCUAGAGCAUUUUAUUAUUUUUUUUUAAUCUGGCUCUUCUGGAUACUGAUUAUGCAGAAAACAGGUUGGGGGCUGGGAAUGCAGAGGGGGAAGACUCAGCACAGCAAGUUUAAUCCCUAAAGAUUCUGCCCCUGAGGGGGAUCACUGUGACUAAGGCAGUCUGUGAGGCUUCUUUUGCCACGAGUCAUCGCUUUGUUCCAGACUUUCUGGUUUCUAUACUGCCGAAACCUGCAAAUUUUUUUGUAUGAACUCAGUUUUACUUAUUAAAUUGCUUUUCAUUAUCCACUUUGGCGUAGUGUAUUCUGUCUUGACUCUUCUAUAAAGGUCUCUAACCACAUUAAAUUCUGGGCUCUCCUUUUCAGUUCUGCUUGCUGUUGCUUGUCACUGUGCCACCUUUCUUCCCGUGGGGGAGGGUGAACAGUAGAGCAUGCAUGAGAUGCAAUACUAAGAAAUUCGAAGUUCUACCCAUGGAUGAUUGUAUUUUCUCCUCUAGAAGAAGUGGGCAAAGCAGUUAGGAACAGGAAACAACGAGUAUAGCAAUAGAGAUGGAUGAACAAGCCCUUUUAGGGCUAAACCCAAAUGCUGAUGCAGACUUCAGACAAAGAGCACUAGCCUACUUUGAGCAGCUCAAGAUAUCUCAGGAUGCUUGGCAAGUCUGUGCAGAAGCAUUAGCUCAGAGUAUAUACAGUGAUGAUCACAUCAAGUUCUUCUGCUUUCAAGUUCUGGAACAUCAAGUUAAGUUCAAAUACUCUGAACUUACUGAAGUCCAGCAGCAGCUAAUUAGGGAAACGCUCAUAACAUGGCUGCAAGCACAGAUGCUGAAUCCCCAGCCUGAGAAGACUUUUAUUCGCAACAAAGCAGCACAAGUCUUUGCAUUGCUUUUUGUUACUGAGUAUCUCACAAAAUGGCCCAAGUUUUUUUUUGACAUUCUGUCAGUAGUUGACCUUAAUCCACGAGGUGUGGAUAUGUACCUCAGAAUCCUGAUGGCUGUCGAUGCUGAGCUGGUGGACCGGGAUGUUGUUCAUACAUCAGAGGAGGCUCGUAGGAACACCUUAUUAAAAGAUACUAUGAGGGAACAGUGCAUUCCAAGUUUGGUGGAAUCGUGGUACCAAAUCUUACAAAAUUAUCAAUAUAAUAACUCAGAGUUGACAUGCCAGUGCCUUGAAGUAGUUGGAGCUUAUGUAUCCUGGAUAGAUUUGAGCCUGAUAGCCAAUGAAAGGUUUAUAAAUAUGCUGCUAGGUCACAUGUCUGUGGAAGUUCUCCGGGAAGAAGCCUGUGAUUGUUUGUUUGAAAUUGUAAAUAAGGGAAUGGACCCAAUUGAUAAAACAAAAUUGGUUGAGUCUUUAUGUCAAGUGUUGCAGUCUGCUGGCCUCUUCAGUAUUGAUCAGGAAGAUGAUGUGGAUUUUCUGGCCAGAUUUUCUAAGCUGGUCAAUGGGAUGGGGCAAGCAUUAAUAGCUAGUUGGACUAAACUGAUAAAAAAUGGUGAUAUGAAGAGUGCUCAAGACACUCUGCAAGCUAUUGAAGCAAAAGUGGCCCUAAUGUUGCAACUUCUAAUUCAUGAAGAUGAUGACAUCUCUUCUAACAUCAUUGGCUUUUGUUACGACUACCUUCACAUCCUGAAACAACUUUCUGCACUUUCAGACCAACAAAAAGCUAAUGUAGAGGCAAUCAUGUUGGCUGUUAUGAAGAAGUUGACAUACGAUGAAGAAUAUAAUUUUGAAAAUGAGGGUGAAGAUGAAGCAAUGUUUGUGGAGUACAGAAAACAGUUGAAACUGUUGCUGGACAGGCUUGCUCAGGUUUCACCAGAAUUACUGUUGGCAUCUGUCCGCAGAGUUUUUAACACUACGCUUCAGAACUGGCAGACUACACGAUUUAUGGAAGUGGAAGUAGCAAUAAGGCUGCUGUAUAUGUUGGCUGAGGCUCUUCCUGUAUCUCACGGUGCUCACUUCUCUGGUGAUGUUACUAAAGCUACAGCUUUACAAGACAUGAUGAGAACGCUGGUGACUUCUGGUGUUAGUGCCUAUCAACACACAUCAGUGACCCUGGAAUUUUUUGAAACAGUGGUUAGAUAUGAAAAAUUCUUUGCUGUUGAACCUCAGCACAUUCCAACUGUACUAAUGGCAUUUUUAGAUCACCGUGGUCUUCGUCAUACCAGUCCCAAAGUACGAAGUCGAACAGCUUACCUCUUUUCCAGAUUUGUCAAGUCUCUUAAUAAGCAAAUGAAUCCCUUUAUUGAAGAUGUUCUGAACAGAAUACAAGACCUGAUGGAACUUUCUCCUCCUGAAAAUGGCUACCAGGCACUGUUAAGCAGUGAUGAUCAACUUUUCAUUUAUGAAACAGCUGGAGUGUUAAUAGUUAACAGCGAAUACUCUGCAGAAAGAAAACAGGUUCUGAUGAGGAAUUUGUUGACUCCGCUGAUGGAGAAGUUCAAAGUAUUGUUAGAAAAACUGAUGAUGGCACAAGAUGAGGACAGACAGAUGGCACUGGCUGACUGCCUCAAUCAUGCUGUUGGGUUUGCUAGCCGAACCAGCAAGGCUUUCAGCAAUAAGCAAACUGUAAAACAGUGUGGAUGCUCAGAGGUUUAUCUGGACUGCUUACAAACAUUUCUGCCAGCUCUCAGUUGUCCAUUACAAAAGGAAGUUCUGAGAAGUGGUGUCCGCACUUUCCUUCACCGCAUGAUUAUUUGCCUAGAGGAAGAAGUUCUUCCAUUCAUUCCUUCUGCCUCUGAACACAUGCUUAAAGAUUGUGAAGCAAAAGAUCUUCAAGAAUUCAUUCCUCUUAUAAACCAAAUAACAGCUAAGUUUAAGACACAGGUUUCACCUUUUCUGCAACAGAUGUUUAUGCCACUACUUCAUGCUAUUUUUGAGGUGUUGCUCCUUCCAGCAGAAGAAAAUGACCAGUCUGCUGCUUUAGAAAAACAAAUGUUACGGAGGAGUUACUUUGCUUUUCUGCAGACAGUAACUGGCAGUGGAAUGAGUGAAGUCAUAGCUAAUCAAGGUGCAGAGAAUGUGGAACGUGUGUUGUUCACUGUCAUUCAAGGAGCAGUGGAUUACCCAGAUCCUAUUGCACAGAAGACUUGUUUUAUUAUUCUUUCUAAGUUGGUGGAGCUUUGGGGAGGUAAAGAUGGACCAGUAGGUUUUGCAGACUUUGUCUACAAGCACAUUGUUCCUGCAUGUUUCUUAGCACCUUUGAAGCAAACAUUUGAUUUAGCAGAUGCCCAGACAGUACUGGCUUUAUCAGAAUGUGCAGUGACGUUAAAAACAAUUCAUCUCAAAAGGGGUCCUGAGUGCAUUCAGUAUCUUCAGCAAGAGUAUUUGCCUUCUCUGCAAGUAGCUCCUGAGAUAAUCCAGGAGUUCUGUCAAGCACUUCAGCAGCCUGAUGCUAAAGUUUUUAAAAAUUACUUAAAGGUAUUUUUCCAGCGAGCCAAGCCCUAAGGAAAGUACUGGAAUCUCAUGUACCUGUUUCCAUAAAGCAGAACUCUGGUUGUUAAUUUAUAAAAAACGCUAACUCUUGUGCCAUUCAAACUGGUUUUGUUUUUAAGAAAUGUUGCUUUGUGCUCACAUCAGUAUGUACUUUAACCUUCUGCAAAAAAGAAAUGCAAAUUCCCCACCUGUGUCUCAGACAUGAAGGUAUGUGACAACAUGAAAAAUUAUCUGUAUACACAAACUUUUAUUAUGUAUAGGAUGAUUUAAGCUUACACUGUAACACAUACAGCAAUGAAAUUACACUUAUUUUUUAAAUUAAAUGAAUUAAAUGUAAAAAUACCUUCAGACCAUAGCAAUGGUUAUUAAAAUGUGUACAUUUUUGAUACGGAGUAAAAUGUUUUAAUAAGACAUAAAAUUCAUUUGUUCCUGUAUGGUGACAUGAAAAUAAAACAAUCAAAGUCCUUCUUGUAGAUAGUCAUUUUAUUGAAGUUGUCUUAAUGAUAAAAUAUAUAUAUACCUCCUAUAAAACAGAUUGGUGUAAUAAAUGAUUUCAUUUAAAAGUA